AUGCAGUUUAAGACGCUUUUGUACCUUUUGGCUUUAAAGACAUCGCUCGGACCUUUUUGCGAUGCCGAAAAUGUCGCAUCCGGAAAGGCUGGUACGGAGAAAUUCUCUCCCAUCGGUAUGCUAAAGAAGACUAAGCAGAAGCCAGGCAAGGUGGCUGAGCGAAAAAAUUCACCUCUAUCAGGCGGAAAAGAUUCAGAUAAGACCGGCGAUCCUUCCCCGACAAGUGAUGGCAAACCCACAAGAAAAGCUGGACCAAGACAGUCCAAUACUUUGGGUGGCUCCAAGGCUUCAGAGGCUAAAAAAUCCAAAGUUCCAGGACGUAAGCCUGCAGCCCAGGAAGGUGACCUUGUUAAGGAUGAGGACAUUUUAAAGGAUUUGGACAAUGACGAUCUCUUCAAUCAAUUCUUUGAUGGCUCUGAAGACGAGGAACCCGAGCCGAAACAAGCGGUAAAGCCACGCGGAAAGUCAAGAGAUGAUGUUUUUGGCGGCUCCUUGUAUUUACCAAAGGGGACAAAAUCAUCACUCGCGAGAACAAAGAGGAGUCUUGAGGACAAAGAUGAUUUUCAAGACUCGCUAGAGACAUUUGACCCACCAAACUUUGACGAGGGCCUUGAUUUGGAUGACGAUGAUUUUAAAUUUGAUGCGAAAAGGUCCCACAGCCAUGAACGCAAGGAGAGCUCCAGAGUUGUGUCACAUACAAGGGAUCUAGAUAUAAAGCCACUUGAUGUUCAUAAUUCAAGCAAUCCCGGCCUGUCAGCGUCGUUACGCUAUUUGGGGUCCGGAUAUGAUAUUGUUUUUGGAAAUCCACUCGGUGAUCCCAUAGUUAUGAUGGAUCAAGGAUACAGAAACCCAGUUAUAAAACUAAAUUGGGAUAUAGAAUAUUCAAAUAAAGAUGGAGCAAACUUAAAGGAACCUUACGGAAGUUGGAUUCGUCCAGAGUAUUCAUGUAGACAAUCGGAAACGAUUGACCAUGUAAAUUCAAUUGAUGACUUCAAAAAAGAACUAUCGGUUGAUGCACAAGCAUCAGCAAGUAUUCCAUUUUUCUUUAGUUUUACAGCCUCAACUGGUUAUAAGAAUUUUGUGAAAUCAACUGCCACCAAUAAAGUGCGCACAUACAUAUCGAAAACAUAUUGCCUGCGUUACGUGGCUGGGAUGGUCAACUAUAACUUGAUGCAAACCACGGAUGAAUUCAAAGCCGCUGUCGACAAGUUGCCUGAAAAAUUUGAUGCCACAACUUGUACACUGGAUGUCUUUAAGGCGGAUGAGAAUGACCCAGUAUGUGCGUCUUCUGUUAAGCCAUGGAUACAGUUCUUGAAAAUGUUUGGUACCCACUUUACAACCGUUGUACAUUUGGGUGGAAAAAUAACACACCAGAUCCAAGUUAAGAAAACAGAUGUUUUACACAUGCAGGAAAGCGGUAUGAAUGUUGAUUCUGCUAUCAAAGCUGCCGUUUCUCCUGCUCUCUUGGAUAGCGCUAGUGGAAACUUUAGUAGCACUACUGACAUCUCUAGCAAUAAGACAUAUGAAAACUUCAAGUAUGAUAAACAGGUCAUUGUUAUUGGUGGAGAUACCCUGGUCGAUAGUAAGGAUAUUAAUAGUCUUCACAACUGGGCAAAAGAUUUAUCUAAUAAGCCAAUGCCAAUCAAAAUACGUUUGGAGAGUAUCAGAUCAUUACUUGGAAAUGAGACACAAAGAAUUGCAUUUGAUGAGGCUCUAAAAUUUUACUCUGAAACUUAUGGUGUAACACCAGACGAUAUCUAUAAGAAAUAUGGCAAGGAAUUUGGCGUGGCAUCAUUGGCUAAAAAAGGACAUCAGGUUGUAUAUAGCGGAUCACGUCCUGGAAGUGCUGUAUGUCCUAACAAAACGACCGUAAUUAUGGGUUUUUCGUUGGUUAUAAAUAAGAACAAACACUUUAUUGGUAAAAAUAGGUUCCCAGUACAGAUAUCAGCUUGUCCAGUCGGGGAAGAGAAGUGCAUCGUUUCCAAUGAUAGUCCGGACAGUGAGUAUAGAAUAUGGAUCAUUUGUGGCACAGACCCAAUUCCCUUGCUAGUUCAGCAGACGGCUACAAGUGUGGGAUCCCCUGCAAUGGCCUCAUGCCCAAUGGGAUUUUCGAUCGCAUAUGGAUUUGCAUUUUCCAUACCAAAGGGAAACAACGUUCAGCCCACUGAUGCAUAUCCAUGCAGAGCAACAAAUCAGACUUGUGUACACGAGUCUCAAGACGGAAAAGCUACAAACUCAGUUUGGAUUGCAUGUGUAGAGAAUGGUGCACCUCAAUUAUCGGAAAUAACAAACCAUACAGUUAGCACAAGUAGCAUGGGAUGCUCAUCAAAGCAGGAGGCGGUGGUGACCCAAAAUGUCUGUCCACCGAGUUCUACACUUAUUGGAGGUUGGUCAAUGACAUUUAGUGAAUCUGACAACUCCGCCAAAACAUUCAACAAAUGUUCGAGGGAUACUUUUGCCUGUAAAAUUGAGGAGACCUUUAUGAAUAGCAAGAAUUGCAAAUCAUUCUUUUCCUGGAUCGCAUGUUCAAGUAACGUGUAG